CAUAUAUAAAGGCGAGCAUCUAGUCAGCCGCUGUGUAGUCCGCAGCAGCUGAUGUUUCUGUCUUAUGUCAGGUCAAAAUGAGAGUAAUCUGGUUGCUCCAGGUCCUCUUCGCCUCAGCACUGGGCGCUAGCUGUCUCCACAGAGGACAAAGAGCGGCUGAUGACGGGUUCCUCAUGGUCAACAUCAGCUACGGCACUCUCAGGGGAAAAGUGGAUUCUACACCUUCAGUUCCUGUGGCCAAGUUCUUGGGCAUUCCUUAUGCUAAACCUCCAACAGGACCACUACGCUUCAAAGCUCCCGUUACUCCGGAUAAGUGGAACGGUGUCAGGGAUGCACUUACAGUUGGGAAUGAGUGCCUGCAAAAAGAUAUUCCGCUUUUUAAUUUUCAAAAGAUUACCCCAAAACGAAGUGAGGACUGUUUGUUCUUGAACGUGUUCUCACCCACACAGAGGAAUUCCCAGACCCCACUGCCUGUGAUGGUGUGGAUACAUGGUGGAGCGUAUGUAAUAGGGUCCGGUUCUCAAUUUGAUGUCACUUCUCUAGCGACAAAAGGAGUCGUGCUGGUUUCUUUGAACUACAGGCUGGAUGUUUUUGGCUUCUUGUCAACCGAAGACAACACAUUGCCAGGAAACUAUGGGAUGUUGGAUAUGAUCGCUGCUCUACAGUGGGUGAAAGAAAACAUUGCUUAUUUUGGGGGUGACCCGAACAUGGUGACUAUUUUUGGGGAAAGUGCUGGUGCAGGAGCUGUCUCUCUCCUCACUCUGUCGCCCUUAGCUAAUGGUCUGUUCCAGAGAGCGGUUAUGGAGAGUGGGGUUUCUCUGUGUCCUUGGUCAAUUGACUACCCAGGAAAUCGAGUGUCGUCUCGCAUGAUAGCCCGGCUGACGAGCCAGGUCGCUCAGUGUGACGACUUGAAUAAUCCAAAAGCGCUUUUGUCAUGUCUACAACAGGUCGAUGCCAAUAAGCUACUAAACGCAUCCAUUGCCAUUUCUAACGCAUUGGAAGUGGGAAUAACAUCUUUGACCCCUAGAGUUGAAACAACGUUUGGCUUCUUACCAGAGUCACCAGCUACUCUUCUCUCUAAAGGAAAAAUCAGCCACGUAGAUACCAUCAGGGGCUUUAAUAGUGAUGAAAUCGGAUUAUUUGCUAACGUUUUCUCUAAAAGCCCACCUGUUCAAUUCUCAGAGAAGGUGGCUAGACAAGUUAUUGGCGAGCAGCUUCAACAAUUCACUAAACGUGACCAGGAAAAACUUCUGAAAGUAUUGACGUCAACGUUUUUGACAAACACGUCCAGCAGUGAUGUCUUAAGGAGAGCAUCUCUAGACGCCAGGGACAACUUUUCCUUUGUGGGUCCAACAAUCGUGGAGCUGGAUUACGUCGUGCGCAAUGUCCCAGAUAAGAAACAUUACUUGUACGAGUUCAGUCACCGACCAAGCUUCAGUAAAAGUCCACCAUGGAUGUCAGCUAUACACGUGGACGAGUUAUUUUACGUUUUUGACGUUCAAGAGAAAAGGUUCACCGACAAAGGCUUUGGGCCUCCUGAUGCUGUCGACAUCCUGGUAUCUCAACAGAUGAUGGAAAUGUGGACCAACUUUGCCAAGACUGGGAACCCAACGUCAACAGUGCCCACUGGUGGAGCGAUGUGGAGCCAAUACCUUAGCCCUACUGCACCUCACUAUCUAUUUAUUAAUUCUGAAUCUAAGUUAAGACUCUGGUCACAGUCUGAUGUCGCGGAUGUAUCCCGCAAAGUUCUCGACGUUUUAGAGUGAAGCAGCACAGCAUCCGUUAACAUCAAUAUUGGGUAGAAAAUGAGACAAAAUUUAAUACGAAACUGAUACAAUUUCUGUCUUCUUUUACCCGUUUCAGUGAUAAUUGAAAAGUACCAGCUGACCAGAAAAAGUGCCUUCAAAGAAAUUUUCAUAACCUUCUUGUUUAUGACUCAAUUGACAUCAAAAUUGACCGAAAUCUAGAAGUACGUUCGGAUCAUGUUUUAAAAAAAUAUGGUUGCACAACGAAAAGAUGAUAAAGCACUUCACCCCUGUACAUGUAUAAACGCGCAUUUUUCAGUUGAGACGUAUUAGCAAACAAGGUCUCCCAAAUCGACCCGUGUAUUACUUGCUCCGGAACACGGGAUGGGUACCUGUAACAAACAUAACUGUCCAGGCAAAAGGCCCAUUUGGUAAUAGGCUGCAAGCUUUGAAAGGUUUUGAUUUUUAAAAAUUAGAAUUAGAAUUCGAAGCCCAAAUCAACACACGGUAGGCAGUCUGUAAAAACAAGGCACUCUUGAAAAUGUUAAGGUGGUCCGUGAUUCGGAGAACUCUCACCAGUACCUCAUCAUCUGAUCAGAGUUCUCGGGGAGCUGGGGACUAUACGAGUAAUUUGUUGGUGGUAUAGGGAGAAAGAACCAGCAGUCUCAGCAAGGUAGGGUUGCUCCGCAUGACGACAGAGCUGUUCUGGGCUGGGCCAACAACCACUUUGGUACCGGAGUGUCCCCAAAGGACCUGCACUUGAGUCCACUGAAUUUUCACCUUUGAGGGAGUUUGGUGAAGGACACAAUGUGUAGGAAAAUGCUUGAAAGUAUACAAUACUUAAUUGGUCGCUUUAAAGCACAAGGGGGUUAUCCGGAAAAAUGCUGUUUUGAGAAAAUCGAA